AAAGCCCUUCAUAGCAAAUGAAAGAAAAUUGGCACUAAACGGUGCGUUUGGGUGCGUGUUUCUUGAGUCUCUGUGUGUGCGUGGAUCUGCGGAAGUGUUAGAAGAUGCAGUGGUACUUCGUCGCUGCGCUCCUCACCGUUCUCACUAGUUCUCAGGGAAUACUCACAACCCUCUCGCAAAGUAACGGAGAGUACAAGUAUGAUUACGCUACGGUCCCAUUUCUUGCUGAGAUUUUCAAGCUUGCGGUGUCAAGUUUGUUACUGUGGAGGGAAUGCAAAAAGUCUCCUCUGCCAAAGAUGACAACGGAGUGGAAAACGGUGGCUCUAUUCCCUAUUCCCUCAGUUAUAUAUCUGAUCCACAACAAUGUGCAGUUUGCUACACUCACUUAUGUGGACACUUCUACCUAUCAGAUAAUGGGAAAUUUGAAGAUUGUUACCACUGGGUUGCUAUUCAGGAUGUUUUUGGGUAGGAGGCUUUCUAACUUGCAGUGGAUGGCUAUUGUGCUGUUGGCUGUCGGGACAACCACUAGUCAGGUUAGGGGCUGUGGAGAGACUUCCUGUGAAUCCCUUUUCUCAGCACCAAUUCAGGGAUACAUGUUUGGAGUUCUAUCUGCUUGUCUCUCAGCAUUAGCUGGAAUUUAUACUGAAUUCUUGAUGAAGAAAAACAAUGACAGCUUAUACUGGCAGAAUAUGCAGUUGUACACGUUUGGCACACUUUUCAAUAUGGCAAGACUAAUUGUGGAUGAUUUCAGAGGUGGAUUUGAAAAUGGGCCGUGGUGGCAACGUAUUUUUAAUGGAUACACUAUCACGACCUGGAUGGUGGUAUUGAAUUUAGGGUCUACUGGACUUUUGGUUUCUUGGUUAAUGAAACACGCUGAUAAUAUUGUGAAGGUCUAUUCCACAUCGAUGGCAAUGCUGCUAACAAUGAUACUUUCGCUAUUUCUCUUCAACUUCAAACCUACAUUGCAGCUUUUCUUGGGCAUUAUCAUUUGUAUGAUGUCUCUACACAUGUAUUUUGCCCCACCAAACAUGCUCUUGGAUAUGCCAUUAACUGUUAAACCAGAGGAAGAGAAGCUCGUUGAAGUUUCUGUUGAUCGAAGACCACAUUCAUGAUGUUGUAUUGACGUCUAAAUACAAUGUUUUGGUAAUUUAAUUUGUUCUUUCCCAGGUAUUCCUAUAAGGCCUAUAAAAGUCAAUAGUAGAGCAGCAGAAUGCUGAAUAUUAUUCCACGCUGCAUUGAUUCAGUGACUUUGUAGAGCAUAGGCAUAUUCGGUGGUGUGACUUAAACUCUAUAUAACAAAUUCGGAAAUCCCUUGUGUUGCCUGUGUUUAAGUAUAUUAGAAGGAUGUUGAAGGAAAAGAGAGUUGAAUGAAAGUGAGCAGAAUUUGGUUUAGACGGAAAUGUAAUUUUGCUAUUGGCUUUUAGUAAGUCUAACUUCUCUAGCUGUUAGUGAGUGAUAGGGGUGUUGUUAUCCAUUGACACAAAGUCACAUGAAGUGAAACCAACAUUGUAGUCCAUCAUUCUACCGGAUUGCUAUAUUCGCUAUAGAAUUCUUCUCCAUCAAUGAAUUUAAAUAGAAUUCUUUUGCA